AUGGAAAAAGCAAAUGAGAAUAUAAACGAAAAUAUAGAAAUUCCAAAUUUAAUGGAAUAAAUAAACCCAAAUUUAAUAUUUUAUUUAUAUUCAUCAUUAGGAGAAACAUAUUCUAAAAAAAAAGAUUAUCUAAAUGGAAUCAAAUAUUGGCAAAAAUCUCUUCCAAAAAUCGAAAAUUCAGACUACGGAGAAGGAUUAAAAAAUAAAGGACAUAUUCUUAAUAAUUUAGGAUUGGCUUACUUUUGUAUUUCGAAUAUUUAAUAAGCUAUAUAGGCUUUUAGUUAAAGUUUAAAAAUUUAUAUUACUAUUUAUGGAGAAAAUGAUAUAUAAGUUGCAAAUAGAAUGAAUAAUCUCGCCGAAGCCUAUAGAAAUAAUAAAGAAUAUGAAAAAGCUCUAAGUUAUUUUUAAUAAAGUUUAGAAAUUAAAAAGUAAUUUAAAAACAAUGCAAAUUUAAAAGGACUUGCUAAUACAUACUAAAAUAUGGGAAAUACAUAUUAGAAUUUAAAAUAAUAUGAAUUAGCAAUCUAACAUAUUUUAUAAUCCUUAAAUUAUUAAUAAGAAAUUUAUGAAAAUUUAAACGAAGGGGAAGGUGGAGUUGUAGUAAGUAGUCUUUAUAAUACUUUAGGUGAAUGCUUUAGAGAGUCAAAAUAAUAUGAAUAAUCAAUUUAUUAUUUCGAAAAAUCUCUUGAAAUUAAGAAGAAUGUAUUCGGACUUUAUAAUAAAUAAACUAUAAAUACUGCAAAUUCACUUGCUUCAGUGUAUUUCAGGCUUAAAUAGUAUUAAUAAAGUCUUGAUUUGUUUCAAAUUAUUUAUGAAUUUUAAAAUAAAUAAUAUGGAGAAAAUUGUAUUUAAUCAGCUCAAACUCUAAAUAAUAUUGGUACUGUACUUUGCUAACUUAAAAACUAUAAAGAUGGUAUUAAUAAAAUUUAAAUGUCUUUAGAAAUUUUUUAAAGUGAUUAAAAAUAUGAUUCUGAAUUAAUAGAAAAAGUAAAGAAAAUAUUAAAAUAAAAUAUCUCUAAAUAAGCUUAUUAUGAAUAAUAAAUUAAAAACUCUAACUAAGAUAUUGAAUACGAAAAUGAUAAUUAUUAAUGA